CGCCAUGCCUCUGUGCCCGCAGGUCCACUACUGUGCCAGCACGGGGACCACGCGCACCGUCCACCCCAGCGGCCUGGAGGUCGUGCGCUUUCCCGACAAGCGGACAGAGAAAUUCCACCCCGACGGCUCGAAGGAAGUCUUGUUCCCGGAUGGGACAGUGACGCGUUUUCUCGACGGACAAGAGGAGACGGUGUUUCCUGAUGGGACGUCGGUCAGCGUGGCCAGGAACGGCGACAAGACCAUCGUGUUCAGCAACGGGCAGCGGGACAUCCACACGGCCGAGUUCAAGCGGCGGGAGUACCCCGACGGCACCGUCAGGACCGUGUACUGCGAUGGCCGCCAGGAGACCAGGGACGCGUCCGGGAGGGUGAAGGUCAGAGGCGAGGCCAGGAACCGUGUCCUGGACUGGAAGUAG